GUCCAGUGGUGUAGAGAACGGUUUAACCAGGUCCAGUGGUCUAGAGAACGGUUUAACCAGGUCCAGUGGUCUAGAGAACGGUUUAACCAGGUCCAGUGGUGUAGAGAACGUUCCCAGUCAAUACAACCACAGCGUUCACAGCAACUCCUCAACCACAACCACAAACGGUCACAACCACCACGGUCAGUGCUGUGCGGUCACUAUGGACGGUUGUGGUCUAACACCGGUCUUGGACUAUACGGCUGAGAUGGAGCGAUACCGAUCUUUCGCUAACUUCUAUGCUAAAACUAACGUGAACAUGAACGCUGUUAACAGCAUGAAUUUCCCUCAGUCGGCCAAGCUUGCCCGCAUCACUCCUCCCAUGUUCCCCGGCGGCAGGCUUGGGGUGGGCGUAGCGGGAGUGACGCCUUGGGGUUGCCAUGAUAACGUCAACAUGAACAUCAARGCAGCGGCGAUGCUGUGGGGGCGGAAACCUCCCGUACAUCAGGCCACACCCCUGUCUCCUCCCACAACGCACCCGUCAKCCUUGGCAACGCACAUGCAGCCCCACCCCCACCGGACCGGUGGCGGAGAGGGGAAGCAGCACGGAGGACAUGGAGGACACGCCUCRUCCUCACAGGGACAGGAAACGCAUCAUCACCACGGGAAUAACAACUUCCUGUCGGGCUACACGGCCACAGAUCACAUGACCAAACAAGGCCACACCCACCAGGACAUGCUCAGCCUAUCAGAUCGCAACAGCAGCUGCAAUGGAGGAGGAGGAGCCAACGGUGUCAACAUGUCCAACUUCCCCGCUGGAAUGUUGGGGUUACCACCCGGGGUCAUCGUCAUGGCGAUGGGGUCGCACAAUGGCGUCAACAUUCCAGACUCCUCCCACUUCCAGAUGGCGACCAACCACAACCAGAUGCUAUCGGACUGCCACCACGCCAACCAGACUAACUCCUCCCCCUGCCCCUCGACUUCCCCGGGGAUGACCUCUGGGGGUCAGGGGUCAGGAGUCUCCAAGAGGAAGAGGAAGCGGUGUGGAGUGUGUGCUCCCUGCAGACGGCUGAUUAACUGUGGGGUGUGUUCAGCCUGUAGGAACAGGAAGACAGGUCAUCAGAUCUGUAAGUUCAGGAAGUGUGACGAACUGAAGAAGAAGGCUGGGAGUAUACAGCUAGAG